AUUUACUCAUAUUUCUGUUGAAUAACAAUAAAAAAGUUUAAUGUCGAGUAAACCGUAGGACCCAUUUCUUAUCAGGCAAUAGUCUAGCCAGCACAUACCCGGCCUGGGUCCUUUCAUAACAACAACAUGGCUGCCCUCUACAGGGGCAGACACCGGUGGAAAAGGACUAAUUCUUUGCAUGUUUUGACAAGAAACCUGACAGGGAACUACGACUAUGACCUGGUUGUUAUUGGUGGUGGUUCAGGAGGCCUUGCUUGUUCCAAAGAAGCAGCACAGUUGGGACAGAAAGUUGCUGUCCUAGAUUAUGUGGAGCCAUCUGUUCAAGGUACCAAGUGGGGUCUUGGUGGCACGUGUGUUAAUGUUGGCUGCAUCCCUAAGAAGCUCAUGCACCAGGCUGCUCUACUCGGCACCGCAGUCAAAGAUGCUAAGAAGUAUGGCUGGCAGAUCUCAGGGCCCAUCUGUCAUGACUGGGCCACCAUGGCAGAGGCUAUUCAAAACCACGUCAGGUCUCUGAACUGGGGUCACAGAGUUCAGCUCCAGGACAAGAAGGUGAAGUAUCUGAACAUCAAAGGAAGUCUGGUGGAUGAACACACUGUCAAAGGACUAACUAAAGCAGGGAAAGAGAUGACCCUGACUGCCAAGAACAUUGUGAUCGCCACAGGUGGACGGCCCAAUUACCCCACAAAUAUCCCAGGAGCAAUGGAGCACGGCAUCAGCAGUGACGACAUCUUCUGGCUGAAAAAGUCACCCGGUAAAACGCUUGUGGUUGGAGCCAGCUACGUGGCUCUGGAGUGUGCAGGCUUCCUCACCGGCAUUGGCUUGGACACCACAGUGAUGGUCCGCAGCAUCGCCCUCCGGGGGUUUGAUCAGCAAAUGGCAGGUCUAGUCACAGACUACAUGGACGCAUAUGGGACCAAGUUUGCAUGGAAGUGUGUCCCAAAGAGUGUGGAGAAGCUUUCCUCAGGAGCCCUGCAGGUGACCUGGACCGACACCCACACGGGCGACGAACACAAGGACACCUACGACUCUGUGUUAUGGGCAGUUGGCAGAGCCCCUGAAACCAAAGCCCUCGGUCUGGACAAGCUUGGCGUGGAACUCAAAAAGGAGACGGGGAAAAUAAUUUUGGGCUCUGACGAAUCCACCUCGGUGCCAAAUAUCUAUGCUUUUGGUGACAUCGGCGAGGGUCGUCCUGAAUUGACCCCAACGGCCAUUAAAGCGGGAAAGCUUCUCGCCCGUAGAUUGACUGGUCACAGCACUGAACUCAUGAACUAUGACAACGUGCCCACCACUGUGUUCACCCCCCUUGAGUACGCCUGCGUGGGUCUGUCUGAGGAGGAGGCUGAGAAGAGGCAUGGGAAAGACGGCAUAGAGGUCUACAAUGCUUUCUACAAGCCCCUGGAAUUCAUUGUCGCAGAGCGUGAUGCCAGCCAGUGUUACUUAAAGGUGGUUUGUGAGCGAGGUGGGGAGCAGAAGAUCCUGGGUUUGCACUUCACCGGUCCAAACGCGGGAGAAGUCACACAGGGCUUUGCUUUGGGCUUCCAGUGUGGAGCAACAUAUUCACACCUGUUGCAGACGGUGGGCAUCCACCCAACCUGUGCCGAGGAGGUGAUCAAGGUCAACAUCACGAAGCGGUCCGGCUUGGACGCCACGGUAACCGGCUGCUGAGGUUAAGCACCUCAGUCUCUGAACACUAGUGA